CGAGCUCCCAUAACCUGGCGGUUGUCCACGAUAAACUAAUUGAAGUAUAACAACAGGUGCUAGAAAUUCAGUCUUAUUACAGAUUCCUUCAAAAUGGACGGAAUGGAGGAUAAUUCCCUUGACGUCAGCGUCACCGCGACGGAGCCAGUCCAGAGGCAAGUCCGCCUCAAGCUCACUUCGCGACAUGAAGAUAUUGCCCUUCCAGAUAGUACUGGACCAAUUCUUGUGCCUACUGGCCUACGAAGAUAUGCUCUAUCGACCCUGGUGAACAACCUUCUGGGAUCCGAAAAGCCCAUUCCAUUCGAGUUUUUAAUAAACGGAACAUACCUACGAACGUCUAUUGACGAGUACCUAACGGCGAAUGGCAUAUCGGCUGAAACGACACUCGACCUCGAGUAUGUCCGCGCUCUAGUUCCUCCAUUGCAUGUCGCCUCGUUUCUUCACGAUGACUGGGUCAGCGCCGUGGAUGUCCUUUCCGCUACAUCGAGCGCUGGAAGCGGGUCUCGAGUAAAUGCAGGCCAGGAGAGGAUCUUAUCAGCAAGUUAUGAUGGGUUGCUGCGGAUGUGGAAUAUGUCUUCGGAGACAAUUGCCGUGUCUCCAUCCGCGGGCGAAGGGGGACAUACGGCUUCAAUUAAGUGCGCGAGAAUGGUCUCGCCAAACCAGAUCAUAUCAUCGGGCCUCGACCGUACAGUGCGACUGUGGAAAUACGCUGAAAGCGAAGAUGGAUUUUCAGCAACGAUCACCCCACAGCUAGAACUCUAUGGACAUAAAGGGAGCGUUGAUUCAGUAGCUGUACACGCUAAAUCAAACCGUAUCCUUUCCGCCUCAGCAGAUCAUUCGGUAGGACUCUGGUCGACGAAAAAAUCAGACAGUCCAGCUGCUCCUGAAAAUCUACUUCCAUCAAGUGCAGUCCGAAGCUCGAAGAGACGGAAGUUAAAUUCAUCCGUCUCCGUUCCGCAGCGUGGACCGCUCGCAUUGCUGAAAUCGCAUACCGCACCCGUCUCCGCUGCAAUAUUCGAUGCGAAGGACUCCACCGUCGGCUACUCUACGUCGUGGGACCAUUCGCUGCGCACCUGGGACCUUGUCACGAACGCACUAGUCGACACACGUACCGCCUCCCACUCCCUGCUAUCAGUCGCACACAUGGCUGAACUCAGCCUUCUGGCCGCAGGGACCUCCGCGAGACAUAUCACACUAAUAGAUCCGCGCGCAUCAGCGACGACGGUCUCAGCACUAACGCUGAGAGGCCAUACAAAUGCUGUUGUUUGUCUGGCUCGUGAUCCUGAUAGUACCUAUGGAUUGAUUAGUGGCAGUCACGACGGGACAUGUCGGAUAUGGGAUGUGCGGUCGACCAGGACGGAUAAAGAUGGAGUUAUGGGCGAAAGCAUCUAUUCGAUUCCUAGGAAGAGCGCGGAGGGUGUUGGGAAACGCGUUGGUGGGGAAGGCGUUAAGGUCUUUGAUGUCUGCUGGGAUAAAUCUGUGGGGAUUGUCAGUGGUGGGGAGGAUAAGAUGAUACAGAUUAAUAGGGGAGAAGGGGUUAUGCCGAACGAAGACAGUGCUAGAUAGUUUUCUUGCAUGGUGGUUGUUAAGAAAAGGACUGGGAAAUGAGGAUGGAAAUUUUACGUGUUGCAUAUUUGCUUUUAAAAGAUUUUAUCUAUUGCGUUGUUCGCGAAAGCGCUCGUUGCCAUCUGUUUACUUCACAAAUGCCUCUAGAUACAUAGAAAGAUAUCAUUAAUUACCAGAAAAUAAUUUCUUUUACAUUCCCAA